UUUUGGCAAGUUGUGCUGUGGUUCGAGCUGAUGUUUUUUAUAACCUUCUUUCACAUUUUUGCGAACAUUGUUUUUUUGCUUUUUAUUAACAAAUCGCAUAAGUGUCUUUUAAGUAUAUAAGUAGUUCUGAGUGAAAAUGGGAAUUCUAGAAAAAAUAUCGGAAAUAGAAAAAGAAAUUUCUAGGACGCAGAAAAAUAAAGCAACGGAAUACCACUUGGGUCUAUUAAAAGCAAAACUAGCCAAAUACAGAUCCCAAUUGUUAGAACCAUCUAAAAAGGCUGGAGAUAAGGGCGAAGGUUUUGACGUUUUAAAAAGCGGGGACGCUAGAGUAGCUCUGAUUGGAUUUCCUUCCGUUGGUAAAUCAACACUACUUUCCACUUUAACCAAAACAGAAAGUGAAGCUGCUUCGUAUGAGUUUACAACACUAACAUGCAUACCUGGAGUGAUUGAGUACAAUGGAGCUAAUAUUCAAUUACUUGAUUUGCCAGGUAUUAUAGAAGGAGCUGCCCAAGGCAAAGGAAGAGGAAGGCAAGUUAUAGCUGUAGCUCGCACAGCGGAUUUAGUUCUCAUGAUGUUGGAUGCAACAAAAAAGGAUGUGCAUAGGGAAUUGUUAGAGAAAGAAUUGGAAAGUGUUGGUAUUCGAUUAAAUAAAAAAAAGCCAAAUAUAUAUUUUAAGAUUAAAAAGGGAGGUGGUAUAUCCUUCAACUCCACUUGUCCUUUAACUAAAAUAGAUGAGAAAUUGGUUCAGAUGAUUUUACAUGAAUAUAAAAUAUUUAAUGCUGAAGUAUUGUUUAGGGAAGAUUGCACAGCAGAUGAAUUAAUUGAUGUAAUAUGCGCCAACAGAGUUUAUCUCCCUUGCCUCUACGUUUACAAUAAAAUAGAUCAAAUCUCAAUUGAAGAGGUAGACCGGAUUGCUAGGCAACCUAAUAGUGUAGUUGUAAGUUGUAAUAUGAAGCUGAAUUUGGAUUACUUGCUACAAGUGCUUUGGGAGUAUCUUAGUUUAAUUAGGGUGUACACCAAAAAGCCGGGUCAGCCACCAGAUUUUGCCGACGGACUGAUUCUUCGGAAAGGUGUAACGGUCGAGCAUGUGUGUCAUGCCAUACACAGAUCAUUAGCUGCCCAAUUUAAAUAUGCUCUUGUUUGGGGUACAAGUACUAAAUAUUCCCCUCAAAGAGUUGGCCUUUCCCAUAUCAUGGGUGAUGAAGAUGUUAUUCAGGUUGUUAAAAAAUAAAAAAAGUUUAAAGUACUUGUUUUUCUCUCAUAAUAAAAAACCAGCGGGUGAAUUUGAAGCUAGAACUAAAAAAUGGCCUUUGUUGGUUGAUCCCCCAGAGAGCUGCAUUAUUACAAAUAAAUAAGGACAAUCUGGCUAAAUACUCUGGAGAUAUAAAAUAUAUUGAAUAUUCCAUAACCAUAUGGAGCUAAAAUAUACUUUAAAAGUACUAUAGAUUGU